AUGGAUCACCUGCACGCGAAGGACCCGAUGUCGCUGGAGGAACUCCUGAUCCCGCCCGAUGAGAAUGUCAUCGUGGACGAGCCCACGGACGAAGACUUUUGUAACACAGUUGUAGAGGGGAGCCCUAGUGACGGGCACCGGUAUGCAGAAAUUGCCGCUGGUGAUUCUGAUGAUCUUGAAGAAGAUCCACCAUGUCGUGACCGCGCCGAGGACUUGAGUGUCGAGGAACUCCAGGAACGCCUUCAGUGGGUGGCAAAACUGUUUAUCAAUGCUGAUGCAAUGUCUGCGCCACCACGAGCGCUAGCCGGUCUUCGUAGGAUGCAACAAGCGUUUAGGGAGGAGAGCGCGGAAGGAAACAGCAGGUGUCACUAUUAUCAUUCUUCUGUCGUCCUGAACAAAAUGGGCAAAGUCAAUAGUUAA